CCCGGCGGAUAAAGAUGGCAAGGUCUCUCAUCCAAGCGUGCCGUAGUCUGGCUCUCUCAACAUGGCUGCUUUCCUUUUGUUUCGUGCAUCUGCUCUGCCUGGACUUCACCGUGGCUGAGAAGGAGGAAUGGUACACCGCCUUCGUGAACAUCACCUACGCGGAGCCCGCGCCGGACCCCGGGCCCGGAGUGGCGGGCGGCGGCGGCACCGAGCUGCACACCGAGAAGACUGAGUGCGGGCGCUACGGGGAGCACUCGCCCAAGCAGGACGCCCGCGGGGAGGUGGUCAUGGCCAGCUCGGCCCACGACCGCCUAGCCUGCGACCCCAACACCAAGUUCGCCGCCCCGGCCCACGGCAAGAACUGGAUAGCCCUCAUCCCCAAAGGCAACUGCACGUACAGGGAUAAGAUCCGGAACGCGUUCCUACAGAACGCCUCCGCGGUGGUCAUCUUCAACGUGGGCUCCAACACCAACGAGACCAUCACCAUGUCCCAUGCAG